AGGUCUCUGCAGAGCAAACAGUGAAGUUAGACAGGAAAAAUGAAGAACUCAAAGGUAAAAACCAAUUAAAUAUUCCAGCUUGGACUUCUCAGUGGAGUCAGAACCCAACCUGCAGAGCUAAAUUCUAUGGUGUGAUCUGGACAGGACCAGACUUCCUGCCUCUGCCUCUUAGCAAGCUGCUGGGUGACUGUAGGGGCUGAUCUCAUCCCCUGCAUCAGGCAUGGGGCCAUACCCUGAGAUUUGGAUGCUGUGGGAGACCAAUACAUCAAUUGUUGGCACUGGUCAAGGCCAACACCUUGCUUUGUGGUGUUGCAAGGAGAGAAUUCAUGGCUUGUUUCCCUGGCUCAGUGUUUGGCAUACUGAUGGGUACUUAGGUGGCAGUGGAGGGUUGGAGACUGUGAUGAGUAGCUGGGUAUGUGUUAAAAAACUGAAGGUGGGGAUGGCUUUAACCCUGAGUCCAAAUGAAUCAUUGCUUGUAUUUUCUAAAGUUACCAAACUUUCCCUUUCUGCAGCAGCUGAGAGGGUCCAGUUCAAUGCACACACCAUCAGACUUCCCUGUGACAGAAAGGCAGAUACAGAUGGAGUUCUACAGGCUGCAGAAACAGCUCCAGAUAGCUGUGGAGAAGAGAAAAUCUUUUGGUGCCAGCACGAGACGACAAAUGCAAACUCAGGAGAAAGAAAUCCAGUCACUGAAGCAACAACACCAAGAGGUGUCAUUAAUGCUGAGCAAGAUCAGGUCCCUGAGAAACGCGAUUCACGAUGACAGAAACUGCAAGGAGCUGAAAUGCCUUCUGCAGACCAAGGAUCAGUAUGAUUGUCUGAUUAGAGAUAGAAAAGCCCUGGUGUCUGAGCUGGACAAUGAGAUCCUAGAGCUGCAAAAGAAGGUUGAAAGGCAAAAUGUGAUAACAAAGAAAGUGAAGCAAGCAAACUGCAGCAAAUGGCUGCAAAACCAGACUCAGACACUGGAAUUGCAUCUGAACAACGUCACCGUGCGUUUUGAUACCAUCCUGACCACCAAUAAUAAGCUCCAAGAAGAGAUCGAAAACCUUCGAAUUCAGAAAGCCACUUUGGACAACUUCUACUCAAAGCUCCAUAAGCACCUGGCCCAGCAGAAAAGGAGGAUGGACACUGCCAUAGAGCAGGCCACGCAGGCACACAAGCAGCGGGUAGAGUACCUGGCAAGGAUCACAGCCAUGAAUGAAAGGCACAGGCAAAACACUGCCCAGUACAACUUUGAGCUGCAGGAACGAGCACGGAUCCGUGACCAGGAGAACAAGCUGAAAACCUUUGUGCUUGCCAAAUAUACAGAUCGGUCUGAAUUGGAGGAACAGGCCAAAAAGAAGGAAGCCUUGAAGGCAGCCCAGCGCAUGAAGCGAAGCCAAGGGGAAAGCUUUGAGAGCCGGGAGGUGACAUACAAGAGACUGCUGGAGCUGGCAGAGAAUGGGAAUAUUGACCAGCUCGUGGAUGGUUUCAUUGAAAAGGAGGGGAAGAAUUUUGCCUACUUCAGCUACGCCACAGAGCUGAACAGCGAGAUGGAGAAGCUGCAGCAAAGGAUCAAGAACCUCCAGAAUGAAAUUGCUUUCUUCACAACUGACCAGGAGAACACAGAGACCAGCAGCCAUCAUGUCCUGAAGGAAUUAGAGGAAGAGCUCAGUCAAAACACCAAGAAAGCCAAUGACUAUGAAGACAGAUGCAAAGAAAGCAGCAAAGUCCUUGGCCAGCUCAAAUCUGCCAUUGAGGUCCUGUUCAAAGAGAACAACUGUGAUGCUACAAAGAUCAGAGAGCAACUUGGAGACAAGGGGCAGAUCACAGACUUGAAUCUGAUGCAGUAUUUAGGUCUGGUGGAGAAGAAGACCAACGAGCUGCUGCUGAUGGAGUCGAUCCUGCUCUACACAGAGGCUGAUGGCUCACUAACAGCCCAGUCCUUUGACAACCCUCUGCUGGGUGGCACCAAGCUCCUACAUGGCAUGGAUCGUGCCCACCUCUGCCCACCACCUCCCGCUCUGCUAGGUGCCAUUGAUGCUGCUGAUGCUUUUGAGGCACCGCUGGACCACGCUCAGCUGCGUGAGCUGCUUCUCCCGAAAUACGAGCAAGGCAGUGCUGUCAGAGCAGACAAGAAGGGGAGGAACGACAUCAAGGCAUGA